AUGUCACACUGCAAUGACUCCAGCCCCUCCACCUUCUUCCUGAUGGGCAUCCCGGGGCUGGAGGCCAAACACUUCUGGAUCGCCUUCCCGUUCUGUGCCAUGUACCUCGUGGCCCUGCUGGGGAACUCCACCCUCCUCUUUGUGAUCAAGACGGAGCCAAGCCUGCACUUGCCCAUGUACUACUUCCUCUGCAUGCUGGCAGGUAUUGACCUGGUGCUCACCAGCUCUACCGUGCCCAAGAUCCUGAGCAUCUUCUGGUUCCGCUCCCAUGAAAUCGGCUUUGAGUGUUGCAUGGUCCAGAUGUUCUUCAUCCACGGCUUCUCCGCCGUGGAGUCGGGGGUGCUGCUGGCCAUGGCCUACGACCGCUACAUCGCUGUCUGCAGGCCCCUGCACUACUCUGCCAUCCUCACCGACGCCGUCAUUGCCAAGAUGGGGUCGGCUGCCUUCCUGCGGGGUCUCGGCCUGAUGACUCCCUUGACGUGCCUGGUAAGCCGUCUGCCCUACUGUGGUCCCAGGCUCAUUUCCCAUUCCUACUGUGAGCACAUGGCCGUGGUGAAGCUGGCCUGCGGGGGCACCACUCCCAAUGAUGUCUACGGCAUCACGGCCGCAACUUUCGUGGUGGGCUCCGACUCCAUCUUCAUUGCCGUCUCCUACAUCCUGAUUCUCCAGGCCGUCCUGAACCUCUCCUCCAGGGAGGCCCGCUGGAAAUCCUUCAGCACCUGUGGCUCCCACGUGUGCGUCAUCCUGGUCUUCUACACCCCGGGGCUGUUCUCCUUCUACACACAGCGCUGGGGCCAGAACAUCCCCAUGCACAUACGCAUCCUGCUGGCAGACCUCUACCUCUUGGUCCCCCCUAUGCUGAACCCCAUCAUCUAUGGCAUGAAGACCAAGCAGAUUAGGGGGCGGCUGCUAAGGCUUUUCUAUCCAAAGAGAAUCCAAGCUGGUUUUGACUCCCCACAUAGUUUUGGAGGCUGAAUGGCAAGGAGCAGCUGUAGAAGGUUCAAAGAAGCCCCCAGAAUGUCUGGUUCUGAUCCAAAAUGAAGAUUCUCCAGCUGAAAAUCCCAUAAGAAGAUG